UAUAUUUGUAUAUUUUAUUUUGUGUACUGUUGUACUAUGUAAUAUACAAAGAAAAGAUAGGAGAAUAAAUCAUGCAUAUACUAUAGGUAGUACUCUCAUUGCCAUUCCUGUCUCAAAGCUGAUAAGUUUAAUAUUUUUUAAAGAAAUUAUAAGAUUGAUGCUAUACAAUAGGGUUAAUAGGAACUUUUACUUUGAAAGCGCACUGUUCUCUUCCGGUGUCACUCUGGUUGUUUCGGUGGGACUUGACUCUGAAAGAAGAUGGUCUCCAUGAUGACAACUUUAAAAUACCAACAGUAGCCGGAGGGUUGUAACUGUCUGUCAGCGAUUAUUAAACUAAAAUGUUUAUCGGCUCUUUAUCGCGUCGAGUGUCGGCUACGUUUUGAAUUAGCUCAGCGGGCUAACGUUAGCUAGCCAGCUAGCAUGAAGUCGCUGCUUUUUGUUUACAUCCAGUCCUGAUGAUGACGGGCCCGGAGAGGUGUGUUAGCUAAGCCCGGCUACACGAGCUGUUUGUGGGGGAAGUGUCCUCCUACAGCCCGCAGUGUCAGGACCGGGGUCGUCCAUCAGAACUGCUUCCACCUCAGGGGGGUGAUGGAAGUGUCCCCUCAGGAUCCGUCUCUCAUGGCUAUGGACCUGUCAAAGGGAUACUCGGUGACCCCGCUGAGCCGCGGCCACACUGACGCCUUGGAUCUGGCAAAGAAGCCCGAGUGGUACCACAGACGGCUGCCGAGCUGCAGCCCCGAGAUCGGCUCCCCGUACAGAUCCAGAGCCUCGUCCUCCUACAACUCUGAUCCGGGUGCCCACUGCGGAGACGUGGAGCCGGGCUCUGAGGCGUUAAGUAACUACAUGAAUUCAACACGAGCUCCCGGGUUGUACCCUAACGGAGGCAACCUGUGGCACCCGGGUUUCUACGGCGCCGACCAAAGAGGCGGUGCAGUUCCCGAGAGCAGCAGCGGCGGAGAGGAGAGUGACAGCGACUCUGAUGUUAUUUUCCUCGUUUCUUCCGCUAAGGAGCCGCUGUCAUGCAGCUCUUUCAUCCAGGACAGCGUGAGGCACAUCCUGGAGCCUCCGUUCCCAGCGGCGUCCUCGCUGGAUGAGGCGAGAGGCUGCUGUCGCCCGCCUCCGCCUCUGAGCUCGCCCGGUCCGGACAGCUCGUACUCGGACUCCUCGGACACCUCCGUGGAUAUCCCCGUACAUCACGCCAGGCCCGUCGUGCUCCUGUCAGACCUCAGUGCUGUUUACGGAAACCCCGCUGAAUCUGCCGUAGAUAUCUCAAGCGACGACAGCGACGUCAUCGAAGUUUCGGUCACUAACGAAAAGAAGAAAAGCUUUUCCUGUAAGAAGAGUCGGAACAUGCCUCCUCACGGCGAGGAGGACGAAGCUCCGCCCAGAAACGUGCGACGCAGCACAAGAAUCAGGAAAUCUGUGUCCGAAAUCCCUCAAUACACGUGCAGCGCGUCUCCCUGCGGCGCAUCUCGCCACCGUUUGAGGAGGCAAGCGAAGAACGACGCAGUGGGUAUUUAUAACGAGAGCUGCGACUCCGAGGACGUGAUGGAGCACGCGGUGAGGUUGUCCAGCUCGGACGCGGAGGACUCUGUCGCGCGACCAAACGUGUCUCAAAGAGCGAGCGGCGACUCAGAGGAGUCCAACGUGGAGACGGACAGGAAGGCACCGCAGACCGACCGGAAGCCUUGCCGCAGAAGCGUCGCUUGUAAACGAAAGAAGCCACUCCCCCUUCGUACAACUCAACAGAUAAGAACUAAACAGAAACUAAGCUGCACAAUCACACCGGAGCAGCGGGAAAGGAAAAGAACCAGAACAACUGUUGCAAGACGGAAGAAGAAAGUGCGCCCGCAGCCGCCUCGACCUUGUGCUCCGUUUCCUCCCAGAGAGCCGGAAAUAAAGCUUAAAUAUGCAAACGUGAAGAAGAUCAAGAGGGCGGAGAGCUUCUGCCCUUUUGUUUGCAUAAACAAGAGGACCUGCACCGUCGUUAACCACCAGGAGGAGGAGGUGGCUGCGAGGAGAGGACGGCAGCAGAACGCCUGCAGGUCUCAGUGCGGGUUUGUUCCCAGCACUUCCUGUUUCCAGCUGGGACGCUUCGGCUCGGAGAGCAGGGCUCCGUCGACGCCGCUGUGCUGCCUGUGCGGCCAGACGGCCAACGCCACGAACCUCGGGGACCUUCACGGCCCUUAUUACCCCAGCGGCUCGUCUCUGCGCUGCGAGAGCGAGCAGAAAGAGGACGAAGGUUUCCACGUCAGCAGACGGUCGGUGAACUCGUCCGAUGACGCUCACGACUGCUCUGCUGUCAGACGUCUGCUGGAGGACGACUGUCACUCAAAGCUCCACCCGAAGGUGCCUCUUCAUUUUGAGGAGGGCUGGAUCCACGAGGACUGCGGUAUCUGGUCCGCCGGCGUCUUUCUGGUCAGAGGGAAGCUGUACGGGUUAGAGGAGGCGGCGCAGCUCGCACAAGAAACGAAAUGUUCAGCGUGCCAACAGACGGGUGCAAUAAUGGGAUGUUUCCAGAAGGGCUGUCUCAGAAACUAUCACUACAGAUGUGCCGUUCAGUCGGGCUGUGUCUUAAACGAGGACAACUUCUCCGUCCGAUGUCCAGAGCACACGAAGAAAGCGUUCACAAACAGACGACACAAGAGAUGACGUGAAAGACAUUUUCAGGCACUGGAGAAUGAUCCGCAGAUCUCCUCCGCUGCCUUCAUCCAGAGUGUGUGUGUGUGUGUGUGUGUGUGUGUGUGUGUGUGUGUGUGUGUGUGUGUGUGUGUGUGUGUGUGUGUGUGUGUGUGUGUGUGUGUGUGUGUGUGUGUGAAUGGAUAUUUAUUUAUUAUUUGAACAUAAUGAUAUGUAUAAGAGUUUAAAGGAGCUGUAUUGUUGUAUAGAAUAUGAUAUCUUUAUAUAAGGCCACUUCUUUUCUUUCUACACUUUUUGUACAACUUUUUUAUUACUGUCAGUUCUUCUGUCUUCACAUAACAAAACUUUAUUUAUUUUCAUUACGCUGCACGUUGACUUCAUAUGGACCUUGUGGUUUCAUUUGAUUUCAUCGGUUGUUAUUUAUGUCUCUUUGUAGACUUUGAACUAACAUUUAAAUUAAAGCUGCAGAACACCCCGUCUCCUGCACAAACUUUAUUCAGCGUGUUUUAAACACAGAAAACGAUGCGUUCAAUGUCCCGUGGCCGAGCUGGUAAACUUCUGCUCUUGAUGUCGUGUGUAGGUUAAAGGGUCAGUUCAACAAAAUCACAAACGGUUCACUGAGUUAAAGAGGUCGAUCCAUAAGUUCAUUAGUUUAUUUCAUCCACAGAUUUUUCUGUUUGCAAAAAGAAUAAAUACAAUAAAAUCAAUAAUUGAUUGUUUUAGUAAAAAUGCAGAUUAAUAUUUACAGCUUGUCAAAUGUUGUAUAUUUAAUAUUUAGCGUGAUUGUCAGACUAAUGUUGUUUUUUUGCCUACAUUUGUUAACGUAUUGAAGAUUAAGAUAAAGCUUUAUUGAUCCCUCGCAGGGAGCUUCGCUUGUAACGGCAGCACAAGUGCAUUUAGUCGCGGUGAGAGAAUUUAUUUGAGGCCCGUUUUUUAGUUUUACGCCUUCAUUUGUUUUCAUUUCUAAAUAAAUUUGCAUCAUUUAAAGUUCGCAGAAUGGGCUCUUAGUAGUUCCUGUUUGCAAGUGCACCCAUCGAUGUGCAGACGACUGUGUCUGAAUGAAUUUAAUACGAAUAAAACUUAAAAACAUGAAGAUUCUCAGGCACGUUCUGCAGUCAUGAGAGCGUCGUCUUUUCUUAACGGAUGUACGUGAGCUCUGUUUGUUCAGCCUGCGUUUAUUGCUGAAUCAGCUAUUAGUAGUUCCUUUUUACAGUGUAGCCAGACAUCUGUAACUGCUUUACUUUUAUACGGAAGAGAACUGCAGGUUCUGCAGCUAUAAGAUGUGAAAAUAGAUCAAUAAUAGAAGUCUGGAUUAUCCUCCGUUAAUCAAACUAUGUACAUAACUUUAAGCCGCAGGAUUAAGUGAUUUGUGUGGAUUGACCCUUUAAUAUAUUUCAGUAUGUAGAGCUGAAGUCGCCUCGUGCAGCUUUAAUAAUCCAUCUGUGUGAGCUUUGUGUUUUAACUCACACGAUGAGUGUUAAUUGUUUAAAAACAGGCUUUUAAAUAAAGUGUUUUUAUUAUUUGAGGAAUAAAAAAGAUGAUUCAUGUUAUUUAAUAAAGGUCAAUAAAACUGAA